AUGGUUGAGCUCAAUGAUGUUCCUAACGAAGAGCAGUUUCCUCGAGCUACUUAUCUACAGGCCAUGGUCCAUCUGUUAGACACUGUGAGCUACAAGGAUGAGAAUUUUGCAGAUGAAGAACGUGUUUCAUAUCUGAAAAACUGCUAUGCAACAGCUGCUGAGCAUUUCGCUCAGCCUCAUGUUCAGCAAGCUCUCAAAGUGCCUCCUAAGCGUCUGGAUGCUGCUCUCAAGACUAUUGUCGGCAUGUGCGUUUACUCUUGGUGCCGUGUGAGUCAGGACGUUAUGGCAGAUCUCAGCAUCCAUUACACAUAUACUCUACUUCUUGAUGAUAGCAGAGAAGAGCCUGCCGAUACCAUGGUGACCUGGUAUGAAGAUCUUCUGAAUGCCAAACCACAAGCUCAUAGUUGGUGGAGAUUGGUCAACGAUUUCAUUCCCAAUGUUCUGCGUCAUUAUGGAGGCUACUGCCAGAUGAACAUAGUGAGAAGCACAAUAGAUUUUUUCCAGGGUUGUUGGAUUGAACAGCACAACUUCAAGGGCUUUCGCGGCUCGAGCGACUAUCCUGGCUUCCUUCGCCGUAUAAACGGGCUUGGUCACUGUGUUGGCGCUUCUAUCUGGCCGAUCGAAUUACUUGACGAAGAGGAACAUUUUCUCGAAAUCACUACAGCCAUUGCCCAGAUGGAAAAUUGGAUGGUCUGGACGAACGAUCUCUUCUCUUUUUACAAGGAGUACUUUACAGAGCGCGAUCAGACCUCUCUAGUCAACAACUAUGUGGCGUGCGACGGCAUCACUAUGGAGCAGGCUCUCGAUAAACUCUGCAAAGAUACAAUCCGCAGUUCUGAAGAGAUCAUCCAAGUGUUCCAUGACAAAGAUCCCAAGAUGUACGAAAUUCUCAGCCGCUUUAUCCAAGGCUACAUCACUUGGCACUUGUGCGAUGACCGAUACCGCCUCGUCGAGGUGUACGAAUCCGCAGGAGACGACUCUAUUGCCCAAAGGUUUAAAAAAUAUGUUGAAUCUGCUCGCCGUGUCGGCUUAAUAGAUCCUGCUAAGUAUUGCAGGCCGUCAGUUGCCGAGCUAUGCCACCGUAAAAUGGCAAUGCAAUCUACCAGCAGGAGCUGGGACUUUGGCCUUUUUAGACUUGUGAGCAGUAUUACGUCUGUUGAGUGGUGA